CACCAGGCACCAUUUCCAAGAUGUGGUGGUGGGUGGACACCAGAGCUAAACUUGCCAGCGCUGCGUUGAGGGAAAACACUGGAACUGCAGGAAUCCACCUUGUGCACUGCACUGUGGGUCGCAGCGCCACCCGCACAGGAAUCAGUGGCGCUCGCGCAGAUGGACACAGGAUCAAGCUCGCGCACAUUCCGAUGGUGUGACACACAGCUGUAAACCGCGCUUUUAUCUACUUCGAGCAGCGCACUAUUGUGCACAUCGCCGACCGGGGGAGUUCAUUCAGUAAUGGAAAUUGGACGUCCCCGCUGAGUCGGCGUGCCUGGUUGGAGCAAGCCAUAAAGCAGCACUGUGCCUCACGUGUGCAUAGAUUCAGCGUUUACUCUCCUCCACAGUCCAGCGAGGAGCUGCAAGGAGUGCUGGACGGUGCGCAGGAGGGCUACUGCGUCCCUUUCCAAACUAUGAGCUGAGCAACUAAGGACUUGGACAGAAGGACACAGCAACAGCAACAAGCAACAAGGAGGCCCAGAGCUGCUUCACAAUGGAAAACAUCUGCUUGCAAAAGACAUGUUUCUGCUGAGCAGCUUCUGAACCAGAGUCAAGGACAUAUUUCUUCUCAUCUGGAGCGAUACAGACAUCAGCACUGCAAAGACAAUCCUCCCCCUUCCUCCCAAGCAUCUCCGUGUUACACUGAGUCACAUCAAUUCUUCUCGUUCUCCCUCUUCACUUCUUCUUUUUUUUCUCAGUCUCUCCAUGUCUGGCUUUCACUGUUGUACUGUGUUGUAAGUGCCCCCAUCUGUGCAGAGGGGCACAGGGGCUUUCCCGGGAAUUCUGCUGAUUCUGAUUCUGACUCAUUUUGAUUCUGAUUCUGACCCUGAUUCUGAUUCUAACCCUGAUUCUGAUUCUGAUUCUAACUCGGAUUCUGACUCUGAUUCUGAUUCUGACUGAUUCUGAUUCUGACACUGACUCUGACUUUGACCCCCAUUCUGACUCUGAUUCUGAUUCUGAUUCUAACUGGAUUCCUGUUACCCCUGGAGUGGUUCAGGGGCUUUCCCAGGAAUUCUGCAGCACUAGCAGGGGAUCAAGAGGGGCAUAAAGGAGGUGGAUUAGGGCACCUAUUUGCCCCCUCCCCCCACCCACACAUACACACAUUCACAGUCACACAGUCACACACAUCACUGACCCCUCUCCCAAUGCUCAGUGACACAAAGACACCAGAGCUGGAGGCUAAGGAGGAGGAGGAGCGGGCGAGGGAGGAAGGCCCGCCACAGAGCCCAAACGCGUGCGUGCACACACACAGCUCGUGCAUGAGCGCGCACGUGCACGUAAACACUGACAUGGACACAGACACAGACGCCAAUGGCAAGACCAAGAGGAGAAGCGCGGAGUUGCUGUGGCCAAAACACGGACCGCCGGAACUCUACAGCAGCACCGAGCGCUACCUGCGGGUCCAGUCGUGUCCUGAGCCCGGCCCGGAGCCCUGGGCCAGAACCACAUCCCCCAGGGAGAACAGCUCCCUUAGGAGCCUCUCAGAACCAGGCUCACCAUCUGCUGAUAACGGGUGGACGAGCCAUGACAGCAUGUUUGGGGACAGCGAGGCGGGCGUAGUGGUGUUUGGCUGCGUGGCGAGCCCGCAGCUGACCUCUGACAUGCCCACCUCCGAGGGCGGUUUUGCCAGCUGUGCUGGCGGGCACCAGCAAGGGGCUGGCAGAAAGGAGCGCUCCACCCUGCUGGUGCGCAGGUUCUACCGGAACAACCAGCAGGUCCGCAAAUCCGUCUGGACCGGAACCAGAGCGAUCGUCCGAGCCCUGCCCAGCGGAGGCAUCGGCGAGCAGGCGUGGGACGCCAUCCUGAAGCAUGCCCAGGGGGUACGGGACCGGCAAGGUCUGACGCACGUCGUCAUGAGGUGGCACAGUCAGCGUGUUGGCAUCAGUCUGCAUGGGCACCAGCAGGAGCGCGUGGCAGUCUCGGGGCUUGGACUCCUGUUGAUGGAGGUGGUCCAUUGGGUAAGUGGAGAGUGUUGUGGAUGUGAGAGCUGUCUUGUCCACCCCUGUCAGAGACGGCUGUCCUCUCAGUGGCUCGGGUGUGCGUGUGGCUUGUGCGUGUCGUUCGUGCUCGGCGCGAAGAACGGCUCUCGCUACUGGGCCGUGCCUCAGCGGACCUGCGUCUCGUCCCGCGUUUCCGGAGCCUUCCAGGAGGCCGUGGCGUCUCUCGGGAUCGGAGGGGGGAGUCGCAGCGUUCCGUCCUCUUUCAACGUCAGCUCUCCUCGUGCCAUGCCAACAGAGCGUCAGCUGAGUUCCCCCAUGGCGGGCUGCAGCGGUGGCAGUGGAGGCGGCGUCUCGUCCCCGACGGGCUCGGCCGUUAGCGCCGUUAGCGUCAGCGGCGUGGUGAGCGGCAUCAGUAAGGAGCUGGUGGAGCUGCGUCACCUGAUCCAGUUCCCGGAGGAGAUCGCCGCCGUGCUCACAGAGCAGGAGCUGCAGCUGUACCGCCGCACACUGCCCCUCGACUACCUCAGCUUCCUCACGCACGACCUCACGCCGCCCCACGCCACCCACCAGCACCACCACGAGCGCCCGGGGCACGGCCAGGAGCAGGGCCAGAUGGCACCGCUAGGAGAGGGCCAGAGCCAGCAGCAGCAUGCCCAGCUCAGGGUGUCUGUGUCUGCCCCCAACAUGCCCGUCUGCAACCAGCAGUCCAGCGCUGUGGAGGAUCUGGUGUCACGCUUUAAUGAGGUGAGUUCGUGGGUGACGUGGCUGAUCCUGACAGCAGGCACUAUAGAGGAGAAGAGGGAGGUGUUCUCCUACCUGGUGCACACCGCCAGGUGCUGCUGGAACAUGGGCAACUACAACGCCGUCAUGGAGUUUCUGGCAGGACUCAGGUCUCGCAAGGUGCUAAAGAUGUGGCAGUUCAUGUCCCAGGCGGACAUUGAGACCAUGCGGCGGCUGAAGGACGCCAUGGCACAGCACGAGACGUGUGCCGAGUACCGGCGGGCACUGAGCCGGGCGCGGAACAUCCCUGGCUGCAGGGUGGUGCCGUUCUGUGGGGUGUUCCUCAAGGAGCUGGCCGGUUCUCUAGAGGGAACCGCCAGCCUUAUCAGCCUGCGGCCACGCGAGGACUCCAUAGAGUUUGUGUCAGACUACGCCGGUCAGGAUCACUUCCUGCAGAGGGUGGGACCAGAUGGCCUGACCAAUCAGGAGAAGGAGGGGACGGUCAGCAACAUCCUGCAGACCAUCCGCAGCUGCCACCGCAGCCUGGAGGCGGAGGAAGGGGAGGAGCCAUGCAGCAACGGGAACGCCCCCUCCAGGCAAAACUCCCUGAGAGAACGGAGCCGCAACCAUUCACUGUCAUUCAGGACUUCCACCGAACCAAAACGCGCUCAGUUUACCGUGGGCGACCUCUCCGACUCCGAGACUGACCUAUCAGAUCAGUCCAAGGUGGAGCCGGACUUCCAGGGCGUGGAGGAGACCCAGAGGGCUUUCGGACACGGCACGGAGCUCGUCCCCUGGUACGCGCUGUCCAUCCGGGCCGAUGUGCACCAGUUCCUGCUGCAGGGUGCUACGGUCAUCCACCAUGAGCAGGACACCCACCAGACCGCCCGCUGCCUGCUCAAACUGCAGCCCGACAACUGCUUCCUCACCUGGGCCAAGAUUCACAGCGGCUGCCCCUCCAACGGCCGCGUUCGGAGCCCAGGAGGCAGCAGCCAGGACUUCCCUCACGUGCGGCCUCAGUGGUGCGGUCAGUCGGUGCUGUGUGGCCUGGCCGACGGCUUCCUGGACCUGGGCGUGGUGAAGGCCGUGUUCCUGGGCCACCCGGGCGCCGACGUGGCAAGCGUGUGUGCCCAGAACAAGCUGCCCGCGACGCUGAGCGCCCUCGACGGCGCGCUGACGCUGCUCUACGGGACGCACACCACGGACAACCGGCUGCUGCACUUCGUAGGGCCGAACCACACCGUGCGGACGCUGCAUGACGGCCUCUCCCGGCUGGUCAGCGCGCUCAGGAGGAUGAGAAGGUUCCCUGACCAGAGGCUGCACUGGCUCAGGAGGCAGUACGUCAACCUGUACCAGGAGGACGGGAGGUAUGAAGGCCCAACGCUAGCACAAGCCAUUGAGUUAUUUGGGGGGCGGCGAUGGAAUAGCCCACUCAACAUGACAGCCAAUCAGAAGAGCAGCUCUCUCACGACAACGGCCAAUCACAAAAGCAGCACCCUCAUCAUGAACACCAACAAAAAGAAGAAAAAAGCUCUCAUGCGGGGAGACAGUGGAGACGCCACAGAUGAUGAAAUGGUCUCUAGAAGGGUGAAGAACAGUCGAGAGGUUCUGGGCCGAAGUGGGUCGGACCCGUCAGACAGUGUAGACCAGGAUGAGCUGGAUGACAGUGGUUCAUUUGGCCUACCUGGACCCUUCUCCCUGUCGCUCAGUAAAGCCCUACCACUUAGUGCAUCUUCUUCCUCCACCUCCUCUGCCUCAUCGUCCAACAACAGCCUCUCAGCAUCCGCCAGCACAGGUAACUGGUCAGGGCGCUUGCUGGCGGGUCGAGGGAAGAGCUCCCUGAAGAGCUUUGAGAACCUGAUGGGGUCCGACUCCACCAUGAGCUUCAGCGAGUUUGUGGAACUCUUCAAGUCCUUCAGCGUGCGCAGUCGUAAGGACCUGAAGGAGCUCUUUGAUGCCCAUGCAGUACCUUGCAGUCGUGCUACCAGCGACGCUGUGCCACUCUACACCAACCUGAGCAUCGAUGACAAACUCAGCAGCUCACAGCCUGAUCUAGACCUACUGACCCGUACGGGGGCGGACGUAGGCUUGUCUUUGCGGGCGCGGGCCCCCGUGUCAGAUGGUCAGAGGCAGAUCUGGGACGCCAUCGCGGCCUCCAGCAUCGUGUCCAACGGUACGGGUGUGGAGAGCGCUUCGCUGGGCACACAGGCCUGGGGCAUCGGCCAGCUUAACGCCUUCCUGGUCAACUACCAGCGGGAGAACCACACCUAUGACCAGACGCUCAGCAUUAUACAGAAGUUUGAGCCGUGUGCCAACAUGCGACAGAUGGGCUGGAUGUCGUUUGAAGGCUUUGCCAGGUUUCUGAUGGACAAGGAUAACUUUGCGUCCAAGCUGGACGAGCCCCAGGUGAACGUCCAGGACCUGCAGCACCCCCUGUCCUACUACUACAUCGAGUCCUCACACAACACCUACCUCACCGGACACCAGCUCAAGGGAGAGUCGUCUGUGGAGCUCUACAGCCAGGUGCUGCUGAAAGGUUGUAGGAGUGUGGAGUUGGACUGCUGGGAUGGAGAUGAUGGCAUGCCCAUAAUCUACCACGGCCACACACUCACCACACGCAUCCCCUUCAAAGACGUGGUGGAGGCGGUGAACCGCGCCGCCUUCGUGACCUCCGACCUCCCCGUCAUCCUCUCCAUAGAGAACCACUGCUCUCUGCCGCAGCAGCGCAAGAUGGCCGACAUCUUCAAGAUGGUGUUCGGGGACAAGCUGGUGACUAAGUUCCUGUUUGAGAGUGAUUUCUCCGAUGAUCCUCUGCUUCCGUCACCAUGGCAACUACGAGGGAAAAUCUUGCUGAAAAAUAAAAAGUUGAAAGCCCACCAGGCACCUGUGGACAUCCUCAAACAGAAGGCUCAUCAGCUGGCGUCCAUGCAGGCUCAGGCGAGUAACGGACCCAUGUCAGGCACCUCCCCUGGCGCCAACGAGGAGGAAGAGGAGGAGGAAGAUGAGUACGACUACGAUUACGAGUCUCUGUCUGACGCUGACGUCCUCAUAACCUCUCCUGUUUUGUAUGGGCAAGAAGACAACAUUCUGGAAGACCGGCCAGAAGGGAAACUGUCAUCGUCGGGUGAAAAAUUCCAGUUUGAAUCAAGUGAUGAAAUCCCUAAGAGGGUCAAGAAAGGGGAAGGAGCCAAUCAGAGUAAAGGAAAGAUCUUUGACAUGGACCUGGGUGAGGAGUUCAAUCUGCCGCGCAGUAAGAAAGAGGGACGGCAGAUAGCUCAGGACCUCUCCGAUCUCAUCAUCUACUGCCAGGCCGUCAAGUUCCCAGGACUCUCCACUCUAACUCCAUCUGGCUCGGGCAGAGGCAAGGACAGAAAGAGUCGGAAGUCUAUCUUUGGGAACGCUCCAGGAAAAAGCCUCCCAGGAGAGCCUGCUCCCCGGCCCACAGGGAAAGGCAUGCUAGAGAGCUCACGGCAGAGCUGGGAGGAGCCGACGUCUCCGCCGAUGGGCCCGCCGCCCUCUCUGAGCUGGCUGAUCCGCACGCCCAAGUGCUACCACGUGAGUUCGGUGAACGAGAACGCGGCCAAACGCCUGUGCCGACGCUACUCGCAGAAGCUGAUGCAGCACACGCGCGGGCAGCUGCUCCGCACCUACCCGGCCGCCACGCGCAUCGACUCCACCAACCCCAGCCCCCUGCUCUUCUGGCUGCACGGCAUACAGCUGGUCGCGCUCAACUACCAGACUGACGACUUGCCUUUGCAGCUGAACGCGGCCCUGUUUGAGAGUGGUGGCAGCUGUGGCUAUGUUCUGAAGCCUGUGGUGCUGUGGGAUAAGAACUGCCCCCUCUACCACCACUUUAGCCCGCUGGACAGAGACCUGGAGGGGCUGUGCCCUGCCCAGUUCACCCUCACUAUCAUCUCCGGACAGAACGUGUGCCCCGGAAACACGGCCGCCAGUCCGUGCGUGGAGGUGGACGUUCUGGGAAUGCCGGCGGAUGCGGCGCACUUCCGCACGAAGGCGGCCCACCGGAACGCGCUGAAUCCCAUGUGGGGCCAGAGCUUCCAGUUCCCCGUGGUCAUGGAGGACCUGGCCUUCCUGCGCUUCACCGUGCUCGAGCACAGCAGCUCACAGGUUACCGCCCAGAGGAUCCUGCCCAUCAGAGCUCUCAGGACAGGCUACAGACACCUCCAGCUGAGGAACCAACAUAAUGAGCCCCUGGAGAUCUCCAGCCUCUUCAUCUACAGCCGCAGGGCCGACGAAAACACAACCGGCAACACCCUACCAGCCUCCUGGCUGUUCAGUACGGAGGAGCGGCGGGCGGCGGCGCAGCACAAGGUGACGGUGCACGGGGCCCCGGGCCCGGAGCCCUUCACGGUGGUGUGUGUGAACGAGAGGACCACGGUCUCACAGCUCAUCGGCAAACUCCUGUCCUCCUGCUCCCCUCCCUCUGACGUGUUCCUGCUGGAGGAGAGGCAGGCGCUGACGCGGGAGCGAGGGGACCGAGGGGAGGCGCGGGGGAAGCCCUCGCUACAGAGAGUCCUGGGGCCCGAGGAGGAAGUGCUCAAGGUGCUCAACAGCUGGAACCCUGAGGAGGGAUACCUCGCCCGGCUGUGCCUCAAGACCAAAGAGGAGAGUCUGCCAGAGAGGAGUCCAGUCCCUGAGGGAGCAGAGGAUCUCAGCAGCGCAGUCACGGAUGAGGACUCCUUCCUGGUCCAUGUUCAUGACGUCUCUCCUGAGCAGCCGCGCACGGUCAUCAAAGCCACGCGUCACAGCACGGCGCAGGACAUCAUUCACCAGACUCUGAGUAAAAGCAAGCACUCCAGUGGCACCCUGUCUCCACCCGACCCCAGUAGCUACGUGCUGAUGGAGGAGGUUGCCAAGGAGACGCCGGGCUGGAGGGCCCCACCCAAGUCGGUGCAGCGGGUGCUGUGUGAGAACGAGUGUGUGUUCCAGGCCCAGAGCCGCUGGAAGGGCGCCGGCAAGUUCAUCCUUAAACUGAAGGAGCAGGUGCAGACGGUGCGUGACGAGCGGCGGCGAGGCCUGUCUCUAGCGGGCGAGCUGAAGCGUCUGACCGGGCGCAGUCGUGGCGUGUGGAUGGGGGCGCAGGCUGGAGGCCUGGAGCUGAGCCACAGAAGUCUGUCAGAGGGCCUGAAGACGUGGUUGGCUGACAACAGACACGGGGUGGAGAGAGUGUUGUUCGACCACACCCUCUCCUCCCCCUCUUGGCCCCUCCCUGUCUUGUGGAACUGGAAGGUCCACAAAUGAAAUGGAGCCUGCGAUACAAACACACACACACAUGCACACGUCCUCCGUGUUGAGCUCCCUCUGUGCCAGGCAAACAGGUGUGUGUGUGUGUGUGUACCACCCUUGAGGAGAGGCAUGGAUACAGACAGACCCAGGCACCUGCAGCACCUUAACAUCCACCUGCCCUCCAGACACACACACACACACACACACACACAGACACGCAUCCUGUGAGAAGAGAAACUCUAUGAGAGAUGUGCUUUGCCCUCUGCCCUGACUGGAGAGAUCGUCCCUGCCCAGUCAUCAGCUGACUAGGCAUCUGGAGCUAGAGCUGGACUUGCCAGCUGCUGCUGGUUGCUGGUUCUCUUCUUGAAGCCAUCAGCUGCUCAGUAUAUCAGAGUCUAAAAACCAGACAGUACUGAGUUUUAUUCAGUAUGCAAUUAUAAGUGGAUUGGUUAUUUUCUUAGUUGCGCCUUUGCUAAAGUGUUGGUGAUGACGGUGAUAAGAGCAGUGCUUAUAGUGUCUGCUGUAUGUGUGAGUGUGUGUUUUGCACAAGAUAGUCCUAUAGGUCUCUAAGGCAACAGGAACUUUCAGCAGUGCAGUCGUAUCAGAGUGCCGGUCAAGUUAGAGAUGAACUGCUAUGCCACAUCAUGUUUGUAAUGUAGUGUUAUGUUAUAUAUAAUGCACAGUAAUUUUAUUGUUAUAUAUUAUUGACAGAUGUUGUAUUCAUGUUGGCCAUGAGGCAACAUAACUGAAGUUGUAUAUUUGAACCUGUACAUAUAUUUUGUAAGUUUGUUUUCCUUUUUUAAUUUAUUUGUAGAAAAAAAACCAACCUUAAUGUGGUUCUGUGAUGUAUUUGUAUUUUAAAGUGUUGAUUGUUGAUAUCAGUUAAAUCAUAACUGUUCCUUUCAGCUAAACAAAAUGUACUAUUUUAACAUGUUGCAGUUCAGAUGGAUUGUCUUUGUACUAUUAGCUUUGUGAAGAUCUUUCUGCAUAUGGAUGUCAAUAAGAGGAAUCACUGUGUACAGAGCAGUGACUGGUGAAAGCUAAUACGCUACUGAUGUUGACCUAUUGAUGAAUAUGAAUGCUUUCAUUUGAGAGAUGAUUCGACUGUGCAAACCAGCUUUUAUACAUGGAUGGAGCACACAUGCAUAAAACAUGUCAAAUUUGCAGGGUGCUGUCUGAUACAGUAUUACAUUACAUGAUUUCUGAAUGUGUCAAUAUUGAGUGGAUCGUUUUGGUAAAACACACACCUUGAUGUCAUGGUUGAUGAUGUAAAAUAAUCAUAGACAUGUCAGUAAACAAGGGAUUAUCAUCACAUUAUUUAGAAGUAACGUUUUCUGAAGUAAUGAUUCUAUAUCAUCCAAUACAGUUGUGACUUCGUGACA